UGUGAAAAAAGGUCGAAAAGCAAAGGAGAGGAGAAGAAGAGGCAGUGGAGAGAAGAAGAAUGUGAAAAAAGUGAACCUUUUUAUUAUAUCUCCUCCUCUGUUCUUUAGUUUAUCCGUCGAGAGAUUUCGCCGGCGAUGGCGGUGGAAUCAUUAGCGACGGAGAUGGACACGGCGGUGCGUGUGGUGCACCUCGCUUCUUCUCUCUGUGUUAAAGUUCAGGAGAAGCUUCGUCUUCCUUCCUCCACUAACGGCGGUCACGUUAAGUCCAAGGAUGAUGAUUCCCCUGUCACCGUCGCAGAUUGGGGUGUUCAAGCGAUUGUGAGCUGGGUUUUAGCUGAAGUUUUUGGUGGUGAAAACCUCUCGAUCGUCGCUGAAGAGGACACUGAGUCCCUCUCCAAGGCUGAGUCAUUGGGUCUAUUGGGAGCUGUCUCUAACGCUGUCAAUGAAGCUUUAUCUGAAGCUCCUAGAUACAAUCUUCCAAAGCCAGAUAAACCCUUGGGAUCCACUGAAAUCCUCAAGGCUAUAGGUCGAUGCAGCUCUGUUGGAGGUCCUAAAGGAAGGCACUGGGUUCUUGAUCCCGUCGAUGGAACCUUAGGAUUCGUUCGUGGAGAUCAGUACGCUGUUGCUUUGGCCUUGAUAGAGAACGGUAAAGUGCUUUUGGGAGUUCUUGGAUGUCCUAACUAUCCUGUCAAGAAAGAAUGUUUAAGUAACGGCUGCAACCAAACCGUGACGACUAAAUCUGCAGCUGGUUCGGUGUUGAAAGGAUGUGUCAUGUAUGCAAAGAGAGGAAGUGGUCAAGCGUGGAUGCAACCGUUAAUCGCUGGAGGGAUCCCUGAAUCUGCAACACUACUCAAGGUUUCAUCAGUGGAUGAUCCGGCUUUAGCUACGGUUUGUGAGCCAGUAGAGAGAGCAAACUCGAACCACUUGUUCACCGCAGGACUUGCUAAUAGCAUGGGAGUUAGGAAACAGCCAAUGCGAGUGUAUAGCAUGGUGAAAUAUGCAGCGAUUGCUCGUGGAGACGCUGAAGUGUUUAUGAAGUUUGCACAGUCGAGUUACAAGGAGAAGAUAUGGGAUCACGCAGCUGGUGUGGUGAUUGUGGAAGAAGCUGGUGGUGUGGUGACUGAUGCGGGAGGGAGGAACUUAGACUUCUCGAAAGGAGUUUACUUGGAAGGUCUUGACAGAGGAAUCAUUGCGUGUUCUGGUCAAGUUUUGCAUGAGAAGAUUAUAGGUGCUGUUUAUGCUAGUUGGGAGUCUUCAAGUCUCUGAAUAAAAGCUUUAAGCCACACAUUCCUCAUUUUGGUCCAUCGAGCCAACGUUUUUAAAAGCAAAGGUCAGGGGAAUAAGGACCACUCGGUAAACGACGACGAUAUACAAUGGGGAUGAAUGUGAAUCUCGGAGAAGUAAAUAGUAAAGGAAGCAGUGGUAAAAAAAGUAAGAAUCUCUAUCCAUCUAUUUUGUAGUAAUAAAGCUGAUGCAUUCACGUACCUCUUUUAUGCCCUUAAUAAUGGAUGACAUAAAAAUUUAAGUUUAGCUUUGUCCUGUAAUAUUUUUACCCUUCAAAACGCUGAUAAUUGAUGCAUAUCUGUUUUUAAUAGAAAAAUGAUUUAAAAAAAAA